AUGGAAUUUAUAUUUCCUCCAAAAAGUUCGCGAGAUACAACUACUGUUAAAAAACGUAUUAUAAUCGAGGCUCAAAAAGCAAUAGAAAAAUAUAAAGCUGCUGAAGACCUAAUUAAAGAAACAGAAAAAUUAAGUCCGGUUGAUUCGUUAGAAUUUGACCGACCAGUUUUUGAAACUACAACUCUUUAUUAUCAAGAUGUAAAAGCCGAGGAGAUAUCCGAAGGGGACGAUUCUGAUUCGAUAUUUUCGCAUCAUUCGUUAUUUUACCGAAACGCCUUUUUAAAUAGAUGUUGUCUAAAACUUAUCACGAAUAAUAGAGGGUUUAAAUUAUCUUGGAUGCAAGUAUUAUGUUUUACAUUUUUAUUGCAAGUUCCUCUUACAGCUAUUGUUCGUCAUAUUUCUAUGGUACAACAGUUUGGAGCGUUGAUGGUUUUAUUAACGUAUAUUGUUAUUGGAUUUUCAGUAUGCGUACCGGUUUAUAUGCUUUACAUGUUUAUGGGAGUUUUCACAAAACGAUCUUACAUCAGGUUUUGGGAUUGCGUUCCAAUAUUCAAAGGUGUAGCGUAUUCUUUAGCAUUCAUUUCAAUGUAUUUAGAAGUUCAUAACGUUUUAUUUACAUCAAUAGCCGUGCAAUAUUUAAUAUGGAUGUUUAACGAUAGAUUGCCAUGGGAUGAUUGCGAUUUUUUACACGCUUCGGAAGAAUGCGUUCCAUUGAAAUUUUCCGAAAAGCAUUCCUACACCAAAGAGUGUUGUCAUCCGCAACGCGAUAAUUGCAGUUAUACGGAACAGUUGAAAACAACAUUUAAAUAUUCUGCUUAUGAAUAUUAUAACGCUCACGUACUUUAUCUCGAUGGUGUAGGAAAACCAAUUUCGUCAAGUAGAAAUUGGAAUUUAAUCAUUAUUUUAACGGUUUUGUGGUUGAUCGUUUGUGUAAUGUUGAUUUUGGGAUUGAAGAGGAUUGCGAGAUUUAUGACUAUCAUCAAUUUGUGUAUGAUAUCUGCGUUGAUUCCGGUCGCUUUGUUGAUGUUUGUUAUUAGUCCUCAAUUUACGGUUAUUGAAGAGUUUAAUUGCAAUUUUUGGGAUACUGUAACAAGUUAUCAGUUUUGGUUAUAUACUGGUAUAAAUAUAAUUCAUAGAGAAUUACCAGCUGAUGUAAUAGCGUAUGGUUCAAUUUCAAGAAUUGGAAUAAGUCUAACGGUGGAUGCUGCAAUAAUGUUUAUGAUAAAAUUAUUUUUUUUCGCUUUAUUUACUGUUUGGAUGUGUAUCGGAGUACAAUAUCAAUUAGCAUAUUAUAAUAUAAAAUUUUCUAAUUGUAUUGUAACGGAUGGGGACGUUUUAUUUUUUGCGCUGUUUCCGGAUAUAAUAUCUCAUUUACCCGUUCCUCAAAUUUGGUUAAUAAUUUAUUACUUAUUAAUAGCUGUUUGGGGUUUAUCAACCGCUAUUUAUGUUUACAUGGCGUUUGUGGAUGCAUUACAACAAGAAUUUCGCACUUUGGAGAAAUGGAGAUUUUUUAUUUCCGUUAUAAUUUGUACUGCAGCCGCCAUUUACACUGCUUUUGAUAUACGUCCAGACAUGAUGAUACAUAUAAAAAUGAAUAUUUUGGAAAUCAUACCGCAAACAAAAAUCUUUAUGCUUUGCGUAAGUUUUGUAGGACUUUAUUUUUAUUCUAUAACAACAUUUCGGCAUGAUUAUCAUUUUUAUAAUGGAACUAUUUUGGGCGGUUAUUGGACCGUUGGAUUAAAAGUCUCGAUGCUGGUCGUUUUUAUUUCAAAUGGAUUAAAUUGGUUUAAUCAAUUAAACGAGGAAGUUGGAAAUUAUUCUCUUGUGCACAGUUCGAUUCUUGUUGUGCUAGGCGUGAUUAUAACAGCGAUGAGAUAUGCUUUAAAGAUAAAUAAUACUUUAAUAAGUCCAACACCAAAAUGGGGCCCACCAAGUAGAAAUCAAAAAUUAGCCCGAAUCAAAUUCGAUCCAUCCCACGAUUUACAUUACAGAUCUGUUGUACAAAAAUGUCCUCAUAGUUGUUUAUUGUAUUCGAAUGCUUUGAAAAAAGAAGUUAAGCAUUGGGUUAGUAAGAAAAAUAUUUCAGAAGGACGAGAUCUCGGGCAAACUUUAUCUCUUCAUACUGACAGGUCAAAAAUAAAAGAAGAUUAA